UAGCUGGCCCCGCCCCUGGCAUCUGUCAUUGUAGCCCCGCCCCCUGUGAUCUCCCCUCUCCCCGGCCUCCCGUCACCACGCCCCCUGCUGAUAUAGAUUGGUAUUACGGGCCGGCGCGCUGUGCUCUACCCUCCCACACAUCUCGGCUUUAAAUCCCCGGCAUCAAGUCACCGGAGGAGGAGAGGGAUGAUCCAGUGAGCGCACACCGGGAGGACGGCGGCACAUCUGCGGCAGCAGCCUUGACGGCAGACGAUUGACUUGGCGUUUCGGCACCACAGCAAUAAUAUUCCGCCCUGUAGUGAUGCCUUUAGCGGAAGAAAACCCCCUUUCCAGAGACCCUCCUCUCAUUCUUCCAGUGGUUAUCGUAGGAAAUGGGCCAUCUGGAAUCUGCCUGUCAUACAUGUUGUCUGGAUACAGACCGUAUCUCUCUCCAGAAGCCUUGCAUCCCAAUCCUAUCCUACACAGCAAGUUAGAGGAAGCGAGGCACCUUUCUAUUCUAGAGCAGGAUUUGGAAUACUUGUCAGAAGGUUUGGAGGGUCGCUCGUCUAACCCUGUAGCCGUAUUAUUUGACACCCUCCUGCAUCCGAAUGCUGACUUUGGGUACAAUUACCCAUCUGUUCUGCAAUGGAAACUGGAGCAAGAACACUACAUUCCUCAUGUUGUAUUAGGGAAGGGGCCCCCGGGUGGUGCCUGGCAUGAUAUGGAAGGAUCCAUUUUGACUCUCAGCCUUAAUGACUGGAUGGAGUUACCGGGAUUAAAGUUUAAAGACUGGGCCAUGGGUAAGAGAAGAAACAUAAAGAGUGACCGGGCGACACCAGCAGAAGUGGCUUCAUAUUACAAACAUUAUGUGAAAAUUAUGGGAAUUCAAAGAAACUUUAUAGACAACACCUACAUCACUUCUGUAGUCAGACCAUACCGGGAUCCAGACGACUCUGUAAACCAGGAUCCUGAAGAGGUUUCAUGUGAAGAAUCUCACAUCGAUAAAGAAAAUGAGGCUGAUCCCAAAAAGAACUGGGAGGUUCAUGGUUAUCGCAGGGCGGCGGACGGGUCUCAUAAGCCUUUCUGUGUCUUUGCAGAAAGUCUUGUUCUUGCCACAGGAACAUUUGAUGCCCGAGCUCGGUUGGACGUCCUUGGAGAGAACCUUCCUUAUGUUUCGCAUUCGGUUGCCGAAUUUGAAGAAGCGGUAGGGAAAGGUAGUCUGAGCGGAGCGGUGGAUCCGGUCUUGAUUGUGGGGGCUGGGCUGACUGCAGCGGAUGCUGUCUUGUGUGCCCACAACAAUAACAUUCCAGUAAUACAUGCUUUUAGAAGAAGACUCAAUGAUCCAAGUCUCAUUUUUAAACAAUUGCCCAAAAAACUGUAUCCAGAGUACCACAAGGUGUAUCAUAUGAUGUGCACACAAGUCUCUUCAGCUGCUUCCACCUCCUAUCCCUCUUACACCAGUUAUCCUGAGCACUUUGUACUCUCUUUUAAGCCAGACAUGAAGUGUGUCCUUCAGAAUAAUGGUGGACUGAAGAAGGUUGUAAAGAUAUCCAUGGCUUUAGUCUUGAUAGGGUCUCAUCCGAACCUCUUUUUCUUAAAAGAACAAGGUCGGAGUUUAGGGCACCACCAGAAUCAGCCGAUCACUUGUAAAGGUAAUCCGGUGGAAGUUGAUCCCUACACAUAUGAAUCCUGUAAAGAACCCAGUCUGUUUGCCCUUGGACCUCUAGUUGGUGACAACUUCAUAAGGUUUCUGAAAGGCGGCGCACUUGCCAUUACUCGAUGUCUAGGACUGAGGCAGAAGAAGAGACAUGGGAAUGUGGAAAGUGGCAGCGAUGACGGGGUGUCCUAAAGUGCUUCGUUCAGUUUUCGGCUUCUUUUAACUCUUCCCGAAUCCCCUUCCAUGAUCUGCAAGCCUUGCAGGUUCCAUCAGUAUGUGUUUUUGCACAGUGCAAUGUAUUUCAUAUCCUAUGGCAAGACUGAAAUAAAAGUGCUGCUUUGGUAGAAGAUCCGCUCUACCGUAGAGGACUAACCAGAUUGUACAAUGUCCUACCUGUCUAUAGCUCUUGUGCAGCUGGCUAUAGUGACACCGGGGACUCUUUUUGUAUGUCGGCCUCUGUUUUCAUUCCUUGGUAUGUUGUACAUUUUUAUCUGUCACAGUUCAGUGUUAUUGGGCUGUAGAUAAAUCGCAACAGGGACGUUGGUGCUUCCCCCCCCUGUGUUGUGAAUUGUCCAGAAAUAUUAAAGGGGUUAUCUUGGAUUAAAGGGGUAUUCCGGCUUUACACAUCUUAUUCCCUAUCCAAAAGGAUAGCGGAUAAGAUGUAUGAUCGCAGGGGUCCCGGUGCUGGGGACCCCAACGAUAUCUGUGCAGCCCCCAGCAUUCUGUGCUGGGCGCUGCCUCCAAGACUGAGACAUGACAAUCACUGCCCCCUAGUGACGUCACACCAUGGCUCCUCCAUUCAUGUCUAUGAAUGGAGGUGGCAUAACGUCACUAGGGGCCCUGACGUCACGUCCCCUUCUCAGAGGCACCCUAGGCACAGAAUGCCGGGGCUGCACCAAGAUCACGGGGGUCACCAGCGCCAGGACCCCUGCGAUCAUACAUCUUAUCCGCUAUCCUUUAGGAUAGGGAAUAAGAUGUGUAAAGCCGGAAUACCCCUUUUAAUAAAAAAGAGCUAAUUUCUUCCAGAAGCACCACACCUGUCCUUAUGUUGUAUUGCAGCCAAGUUCCAUUGAAGUAAAUGGAGGCGAUUUGUAAUUCCACACACAAUGGGGGAGAUUUAUCAAAACCUGUAGUUGCUAAGUUGCCCAUAGCAACCAAUCAGAUCACUUCUUUCAUUUUUCAGAGGUCAUUUCCGAAAUGAAAGAAGCAAUCUGGUUGCUAUGGGCAACUCAGCCGCUUUUCCUCUAGACUGGUUUUGAUAACUCUUCCCCAUUCUGAGGUGUGGUUCUGUUUUUGUAAGUAAUAAGCUCUUUUUUUUUAUUUAUUUUUUCCUAAACCUUGAUCACCCCCUAUAACUGUUCUAUAGUUGAGGAAAUGUGAACUAAUCCCUGUUACAUUUUUACUGUUAUUGACCUAGGAUACAUUGAAUACAUUAAUGUGUAAAAUUGGAGGGGGUGCUGAAGGGAUCUUGUCAAAAUGGAUCUGCUAAGCGAAUGGUGACACUACUGGAGUCAAGGACUGGUCCAGAUACGUCUCUUCAUAGAGUUUAAGUCUUGUUACACUUUGUAUUCCCUUGAACAUCAUAAAUUUACUACCUAUGGACCCGAUGAGUAGAAUGGGGAAGAAAAGUCACAUUCCUCAAAAUGGACUAUUUUUUUUUUUUUUUUUUAGAGUUGGGGGGGUGUUGGGGUUAGUAGUUUUUUUUUUUUUUUUAUAUUUAUUAAAAAUUAAUUGACCUUACACCAACAAUUAAGAUUACUGUCCACACU